GUUUUAGGAAGUGUCAAAAGUAAUAUUUAAAGCAAAAGAAGCGCAACAUGGACAAACUUCGGCGUGUUUUAAGUGGCAGAGAGGAAAAUGAAGAGCUGGGACUUACUUCUCAGAUCCUGGAUGCCUCAACACUUAGUUACAGCACAAGGAUCAAGUGGUUCGUCAUAUGCUUUGCCUCUGGGAUCCUGUGCUCCAUACUCGGUACUGCACUGGUUUUCUUGCCCAACGGAUUGAAGCUGUUUGCAGUAUUUUACACUUUAGGAAACAUUUCAGCACUAUCAAGCACCUGUUUCCUGAUGGGACCAUUGAAACAGCUAAAACGCAUGUUUGAGCCGACAAGACUCAUAGCCACCAUUGUCAUGCUGCUGUGCCUUGUCCUAACCUUAUGCUCAGUGUUCUGGUGGAAUAAAAAAGGACUGGCUAUUAUCUUCUGCAUUUUACAGUUUUUAGCAAUGACAUGGUACAGCAUCUCCUACAUUCCUUUUGCGAGAGACGCAGUCAUGAAGUGCUUCACCAGUUGUUUGAGCUAAAGCUAUUUUUUCAGCAGUCCUUUCCAAAAGCCAAGAGUAAAUAUGUAAAAUAUUAUCAAGAUUUAAAUUUUAUUAACUCUCGCUUUGCUAGCAUAAUCAAGCAUACACUAUACUUAGUUGAAACAUCCCUUACAUUUUUGAUUACAAGACCAAUUAUAAGCACUGCCAUGUAUUAUAUGACAUUAAUAUAAACAUAAACAAUGAUUUCAUU